AAUCAACACCUUAUCACUUCAACAGUAGUGACACCAUAAACCUAUGUAAACCCACUUUAGCUGAAAACAGAGAUGUUGUACAAGUACAGGCUGUACACCAACAAACCAAUGAAACUGGAACAAAUCAUGAAAUGUAUUAUUUGUAUGCUGAUGUCGUCUUACCUGUUCAGGCAGCCACAUGAGAGAUUAAAACUACUCAGGAUGUUCUUUCUCUGUUUUGUCAGGAGAGAUGAAUAUGACCUGACAAGUUUUUUGGACAGUCUACAACAGCCUCCGAAGAAGAAAGAUAAGGGUGGGAAAGGAAAGACACCUGCAGCGGCGGACAGCUCCACAGCGGAAGUGUCAGUGGAUCAGCUCCAGGAGCAGAUUGAGCUCCUGAAGGAUGAGCUGGACAAGGAGAGGGACGAGCGGAACUUCUUCCAGAUGGAGGGAGACAAGAUCCGGGCCUUCUGGGACAUCACCAAGAGGCAGCUGCAGGAGAAGACCGCUGACCUCAGGAACAAGGACAGGGAGUUGGAGGAGGCCGAGGAGAAUCAUCAAGAAGAAGUCAAGGAUUAUAAACAGAAGGUGAAGCACUUGCUGUACGAACACCAGAACAGUCUGUCAGAACAGAAAGCAGACAAGACUACUGCCAAAAAGGUGCUGCAGACUGAACACAUUGAGAGGGAGUUUGAGCUACGUAAAGAAAUACGCAAUCUGAAAAAUGCUCUCAAGGCAAUGGAACUAUCCAGUGAAAAUCUAGUGAAGAAGCUGAAACUGAAAAAUGAUGAGGAAAUGAUCCAAAAGCAAAAUGAUUUUGAAAGACAAUUGCAAGAAAACAAAGCAAAGUACGAAAAGCGGAUGCUGGUGAUGCAAAGGGAGGUGGACCUGAGGUGGACAACGGAGGUUCACAAAAUCGAGGAGAGGAAGAACAGUCAGAUAAACACGCUGAUGAAGGACCAUGACAGGGCCAUCUACAGCAUGAAGAAUUAUUACAAUGAUACCAUCAUCAACAACAUGUCCCUCAUCAACUCACAGAGAGCAGAGAUAGAUGCAACCUUGAAGAAGGUGGAUGACCUGGAGAAGGAGAACGCAAAAGUGGUGCAGCACAACAGGAGGCUGGCUGAGCCUCUGGAGAAGGCCAAGGAGGAAGUGGCAGAGCUGCAGAAAGUGAUGGCAAGCUACAAGAAGGACAAGGCCUCACUGGUGGAAGCCAGGAAACGUUUGAAGGCAGCUGACAAAGAGAUGGAGGACAUGAAAUGGGAAUGUGAGGUCCUGCAGCAGACGUUGCGAAAGGUUCAGGAAGAAAAAGACAAUUUGGCCCACCAGUUAACCAACACCAUUCUGGAGGUGCAGCAGAAGAGCACUUUCAAGAACCACCUGGAAAAUAAGAUGAAUUCCCUUUCAAAAACUGGAGAAAAAGCAGGGAGAGAAUAGCAAGGCCCAUAAUGACCCGCCUCUCAUGUAUAUGCUGGAUUAUGAGGCCCUGAUUGAAACAGCUGGAGAUGCUCAUGUGUGGACGUGGUCUGCUGAUGUCUGGAGGGCUGAUGUCUGCCCCAACCAUCACUCAAUAAAUGUGACACAAUCUCUCGUCACAAAAAAAUUACCGUGUUACUCUCCUUUCUCCCCUUGUCAUUUAUUAGCAGUAUUUAGCUAUUUUAGAAAUAAAUAUUUCUAAUUUUGCGCUUUGUAUUAAUUUUAAUUUGUGUUGCUUUCUAUUAUAUGUACAUUAUUAUUAUCAACAUUUUUAACGUCAUCAUAAUUUGCGAAAGAGCAUUCUUAGAUUCAGGGUUAUUGUACAUUCUAAAUUAAAAAUAAACCAGUGAAAGUGAUAAGACGGACAUACAUAUACAAUGAUGACAGAAUUAGCCAGAUCACCUGGGAUGCUGUGUGUCAACUUCUGGUUCAGUCUCCCAACUGGACAGCUGCAGCCCCCUCCUCACAUAACACAUAGUAGAAAUUUAGUGACACAUUGUUCCGGAAUGAAAUUAAUUUUUUUUCCGGGAUAGAAAACUAAAAUCUAACAUUCUGAACGAACCCGGAAACAUACUUUUACCGGGGGUUCUUGUUGCCUAUAUCUCGAUGGGGAACCGCAAUGCACUCACAGGAUUUAGCUUUCUUCCGUUGCCAUGGCAGAGAGAAAAAAAUGUUCGCUGUAGAAACACUAGAUGAGCUUGUGGGUGUGAGUCCCUGAGGGAAACUGUGCUCACUAGCCCUAUAUAAUUGGUUUCCUAAGGAGGAGCGUUUCAAAGGUUGUUUGCUGUGUGCAAGGUA